GUCCAGUUCCCCUCCCCGAACUUCGGCCAACUCUGCUGCUCCCACGGCUGUAAAAUAUCUGUGCCAAUGCCCUCCCAUUGGGAUCGUGUUGGUUGCUUCCUGAGCUCCCCAAGGACAUCUUUUUCUUGGUGUGACCUUCCAAGCUCUCCUAAGCUUUUUCUUGUCUCCAGGGUAUACAUACCGUAGCCACCUUUCGAGACCUCCAUUGCCCUUUGCUCUUGCAACCCCCAUCCAUAGUCUGAGCAUUCUCCUGUCAUCUCUUUCACCAUGACCAACGUCUUCGGCGUCCAGGUCUUCUUCAUUGUAUUUCGAGAAUGUCUCGAAGCCGUCAUCAUCAUCUCGGUGCUGCUUUCCUUCUUGAAGCAGUGCCUGGGCCAACCCUCCCAAGACCCAGUCAUCUAUAAACGCCUAAAACGACAAGUAUGGGCGGGCUCUUUAUUGGGAAUUCUCAUAGCCCUGAUCAUCGGGGGUGCCUUCAUCGGCGUCUUCUACGGCUUGGGCCAUGAUCUCUGGUCGCAAUCCGAGGAUCUCUGGGAAGGCAUCUUCUACCUCAUCGCCAGCAUCAUCAUCACCAUCAUGGGCCUGGCCAUCCUGCGCAUCAACAAGACAAAGGAGAAGUGGAGGGUCAAGAUUGCACAAGCCCUCGUGGCAAAGACCAAGCACAAAGACGCAGCGUCAAGAAUGGGCGAAUGGGGCCGAAGAUAUGCCAUGUUCAUCCUGCCUUUCAUCACCACUCUCCGUGAAGGUCUCGAAGCUGUUGUCUUCGUUGGUGGUGUCUCCCUCGGGUUGCCUGCGACCGCCUUUCCCAUCCCGGUCAUCACCGGGAUCCUUGCUGGCCUUCUUGUCGGCUAUCUCAUCUACCGCGGCGGCAACUAUAUGACCAUCCAAUACUUCCUGAUCGCCUCUACCUGCGUGCUCUACCUCAUUGCUGCGGGCAUGUUCUCCAAGUCCGUCUGGAGCUUGCAAUUCCAUAAGUUCCAGCAGCAAGUCGGCGGCGAUGUUGCCGAAGAGGGGGAUGGCCCGGGCUCAUACAACAUUGACCAGACCGUCUGGCACGUGAACUGCUGCAACCCGGAGCGUGAUAAUGGCUGGGAUGUCUUCAAUGCCAUUCUCGGCUGGCAAAACACUGCGACCUACGGCUCCGUCAUCUCAUACAAUGUCUACUGGAUCUUCAUCAUGCUGGCCAUCUCUUGCAUGCUGUAUGAGGAGCGCACGGGCGCGCUUCCCCUCGAAAAGGCCUUCCUCCGGUUCCUCUCCAAGAUCCCCGGCUUCAGAAGCUUCGCGACACGCCAUCUCACCAGGCUCACCGCGCCUAAGCAAGACGCCGAACAUGUCAUCGCCCAGGUGCAGAGCCACACAUUCACGCAGAGCCUCCAGAGACCCUUGAGUGCAAAGUAGAGUGGAGAGAGUGAUUGGCCUACCUGUUUGGAAUUCACGCGGGUGUGUGGCCGGCAAAGCAACAGAAAACGGUGUCGAAAAUGGAAAGAAGUCUUCCAUGAUAGUGUAGUAAUCCCCGGGUCGAAGUUUGGUGGUUUGGUGUGUGUAGCUUAGGUACAGGCUUUUAGUUCGACUUUACCAGACAAAAAUGCAAAAUCCUGUGCAUUCCCAAAUCCACAACAUGUAGGAGAAUAGACACAAAGAUCCAACAGACGGAGGAGGAACACAUCGCCGAGGCCGUAGAGGUAUUUGGUUGGAGAACCACGUGAAGACAGUCCAGCAUCUUUGCGCAGGGGAUGUUUUCGAGGAGGUCGGUGGAACUCGGCCUGGAAAGGGAAAAUUACCAGGGCGCCAGGCGCUCUCCCAAGGGUGAGCGUGAGCGGGAAAUUUU